GUUGGAAAGGAAAAACAACUCUAAAAAGCCCACUUAACUGAACCUUUUCUGCCCCCAAAAUGGCGAUUUCAACAAUCCGAAAGCUCACUUCCCAAAUCCACCGUCUCCCACCUGUAUCCUGCCACAUCCUCACCCGAUCCUCCGCCACCUUGUCCUCCUCCAAGAAGGUUGUCGACAGGAUCGUCAAGCUCUUCGCCAUCGACCCAGAAGGCCAAAAGCGGGAGGUUGUGGGCCUAGCCGGCCACAGCUUACUUCGGGCCUUGACUAACAGCGGGCUGAUUGAUCCGGCGUCUCACCGGCUCGAGGAGAUUGAUGCUUGCUCCGCCGAAUGCGAGGUCAACAUCGCCCAGGAAUGGCUCGAGAAGCUUCCGCCCCGUACCUACGAUGAGGAAUAUGUGUUGGUAAGGAAUUCGAGGGGUCGUAUCUUGAACAAGCAUUCCAGGCUUGGGUGUCAGGUCGUGCUUACGCCUCAGCUCCAAGGUAUGGUUGUCGCUGUCCCCGAGCCUAAGCCGUGGGAUAUUCCAUAAAAAUAUAUAUAGAACUAGACGGAAGUGAGGGUGCUUUCUAAUGUAUUUCUGUUGUUUUUAUGGGAGUAAUAGUAAUUUUGGUACUCUGAAAGAAACGGAUUUUUUUCCAUGUAAUUUGGGUCGCUUCGAAGUUAAAUGCAAGUUAUUCUAUGGAUUUUGGUGUUU